AUGCAGGAGUCUCCCGGCUCUAUAGGUGUGGAUGGAGGUUACGCCAGUAACGUUCCUGCAUUUCUUACCAAGCUGUGGACCCUGGUGGAGGACCCAGAAACCAACCAUCUCAUCUGCUGGAGCGCGACGGGGACCAGCUUCCAUGUGUUUGACCAGGGCAGAUUUGCCAAGGAGGUGCUGCCUAAGUACUUCAAACAUAACAAUAUGGCGAGUUUUGUACGCCAACUCAACAUGUAUGGCUUCAGGAAGGUAGUGAACAUCGAGCAGAGUGGUCUAGUGAAACCAGAGAGAGAUGACACAGAGUUUCAGCAUCUCUACUUCCUACAAGGCCAUGAACAUCUCCUGGAACACAUAAAACGCAAAGUGUCUAUAGUGAAGAGUGAGGAGACGAAGGUUCGGCAGGAGGACCUGAGUAAGCUGCUGUAUGAGGUUCAGCUGCUGCGCAGCCAACAAGAGAAUAUGGAGUGUCAAAUACAGGACAUGAAACAGCAGAAUGAGGUUCUGUGGAGGGAGGUGGUCUCACUGAGGCAGAACCAUACACAGCAACAGAAAGUCAUGAACAAGCUGAUUCAGUUCCUAUUCAGCCAGAUGCAGCCCAACACACCUAACACUGUAGGAAUGAAAAGGAAACUGCCUCUCAUGUUGGAUGACGGCUCCACGAGUCCUCCAGUGUCCAAAUUCAGCCAUAACCAGUCUAUGGAACCCCUGCAAGAGCCCUUCUACAUUCAGUCGCCAUCUACAGAAACUCCAUCCUGCUCCACCAGCACUACUAUGUCAGGAGGACCAAUCAUUUCAGACGUUACUGAGAUGUCCCAGCCUCCAACCAUGGCUAUGCAAAUUCAGGGGGAGGAGUCAAGGGACAAGUGUCUGAUGUUGAUCAAGGAAGAACCGGUGAGUCCAGGGGUGCGUGGGCGGGGGGAGGGGGUCCCGCUCGGCUCCUGUGAGGUGUGCGCUGAACCCCCAGUCCUCCCCAUUGCUAUGGUGCAAUCCGUCCUGGAGGGCCGAAGUUGUGGCUCAGGAGAGAGGAGGAGCAAGAGACCUUUACUGGAAAGGCCAGAGGGGUCAGACACUGUGGAGAAUGUUGACAUGAGUCUGGAGGAGUUGCAGCUGCUGCUGAGGAGCCACCAGCAGAGUGUGGAGCCUAGUGCUACAGCCAUGGAUCCUUUCACUUUUAGCCUGCCUUUGAAUGAAUGGAAUUUCACAGAUAUGGAUUCUAACCUGAAGUCAGAGUUGGCUAACAUCCUCGUGCCUGCGGCUGUAUCCCAGUACAUGUUCCAGAGUCAGGAGGGCGAGGUCUAUCCCAACGCUGGCUGUGAGGAACAGUGA